CUUCCUUAGAAUCAUAAUAAUGCCUGUGCCAGAUCCACGGGCGGGGCAGGCGUUCAUCUGUCUCAUUACAUUAUUUCUUUUCCUAUCAAUUGCGGUUGGAGGCGGUUGUCUAAUUGCAUACACAAUCCUUCCUUACCCUCCAGUUUGGCUCUCCUACCUCGGCAUUGUCUUUGUUUGUCUCCCUUGGUUCUUUUGGAUCCUAACCUUUGCAUACCGCAUCGUCUCACGCACUUUUGGAUUUAGGAUGGUCGUUGGAUCCGGUGGUAACAAUAACAACGCGAGUGGAGAAUCCAUGCCGCGUGAUCUUGACCCUCCUGAUCAAUCUUUAGAGUCUCCGAAUGAUGAUGAUCCAGAGACAAUAGCUCACCCACAAGGCCAAGUUCUAGUGUCGAUUGAAGGGAAUCAAUCGAAGAAACGAAUGUCAACCUCCAGCAAUUCUACUAUCGGUUCGCAUGAAACACCUGGAUCUGCAGUGCAUGAUGAAACAUUAGUCGUAUGGGACAUUGAGGACUACACAAUCCCUGAAAGUAUCGAUCCUUGUUUGAUCAACGAGAAAAUCACAAGAGCUAUUGUCAAGCGUCCUCAUAUAAGGAUGUCGGAAGUGUCCAUCUGGAUUUUCGGUUCUGCUGAGAAUGCAUGGUUGACUGAAUCGCGAGACAAACUUUGGGAAUCCGACUUUGAAGUCUAUCUCCACAAAGGGGAUAAACGUGCCAGAUUAAACAUGAUUCUAGCGGAAGUAAUUUACCAUAUAUGGAUCUUGGAUGAUCCAAUAAAUUUGCUGGUACUCUCGGAAAACAAGGAGAAGAUGGAACAAGACCCCAAAUUUUGCAGAUUUCGUCAAGCUUUAGAAAACAAAGGUUUCUUUGUUGCCUUAGCACACCCUGACACACUCAUUAACCAAGAAACUGCCGUUGAAGAGCCGCCAGAUUAUGCCCCAAUACCUUACUAUCAAAACGCAAGUGACAACACGCUUAAGCUAGCUUACUGGACCAAAGAAGAUGAUGAAGCUUUCAGAUCUAAUCAUAAAGAAGUUAGAGGUGAAAAACGCCCCGGACAGCCAUCGAAUCUCUUUUUCCUUGGCGCAGAAGAAAAUCACUAGACAAAUCUCUAAUUUAAGACUGUCGCUUUGAAAUACAAUUCUUAAGUCAUCCUUUGUUAAUCACACUAUUUAUGCUAUAUACGAUGCUUACUUGUUCUAUCUUUCUCUGUAUUGUUUACUUCUUCAGGUUAUGUAAUUUGUAUAUAUCUAUUACUAGUUUGGUAAUAUAGUUAUGCGGUGAAG